AUGUCGAUUCUGGAAUGCAACCUCGAGGAAAAGUCAAAAUUGUACAAAGACGAAGCCCUAGGGAACCUUUUCAUGAUGAACAACAUCAACUACAUGGGUCGCUUCAUACGAUUAUGUCAAUUUGGGGGUGCAGGUCUGUCCAAGCUUAAGAGCAGAGAUUUGGAAUGGUACUUUUUCAGUGUCCUGGAUAAGAAGUAUGGGAAUGGGUCAUGUACAAAACGAGCAACUGAUAAAGGGUACUGGAAGACAAUUGGGAAUAUUCGGUCUAUUUACCAUAGGUCUCAACUGGUUGGCAUGGAAAAAAAACCUCUGGUGUAUCAUAGUGGUCGGGCACCAAAGGGAGAGAGGACAAACUGGGUUAUGCAUGAAUACAUACUCAUUGAUCAGGAGUUGGAAAAAGCUGGAAUUAUCCAGGAUCAUCAAGCUUCGAAACAGGUGGGGAUGCAACAAAGUGAACAACUCUCUUCCUUCACUUUUUUUUAA